CCAGAGAAGAAGAGUUACGGAAGAGGGUGGAGGUUUUCUGACGGCUCAGCAGGCUAACCACUUAACAAAGAUAACUCUCAGCCUAAGCAGCAGUUUAAUCGGGUUUACAUCUUAGAUAGUCUCACGGACCGAAGUAUCAAGAUGACGGCCGCACCUUACAACUACUCCUACAUCUUUAAAUACAUCAUCAUCGGUGACAUGGGAGUUGGGAAGUCCUGUCUGUUGCAUCAGUUCACAGAGAAAAAAUUCAUGGCGGACUGUCCUCACACCAUUGGGGUGGAGUUUGGGACGAGGAUCAUGGAGGUCCACGGUCAGAAGGUGAAGCUGCAGAUCUGGGACACCGCUGGUCAGGAACGGUUCAGGGCUGUCACCAGGUCCUACUACAGGGGGGCUGCCGGGGCCCUCAUGGUGUACGACAUCACCAGGAGGAGUACUUAUAACCACCUGAGCAGCUGGUUGACAGAUGCCAGGAACCUGACCAACCCAAACACAGUGAUCAUUCUGAUUGGUAACAAGGCCGACCUGGAGGCUCAGAGAGACGUGACAUAUGAAGAGGCCAAACAGUUUGCUGAGGAGAACGGUUUGCUGUUUCUAGAGGCCAGCGCUAAGACAGGGGAGAACGUGGAGGAGGCCUUCUUGGAGGCGGCAAAGAGGAUCUACCAGAACAUCCAGGAUGGCAGUCUGGACCUGAACGCUGCCGAGUCGGGAGUCCAGCAUAAACCAUCAGCACCGCAGGGAGGUCGCCUGAACACCGACAGCCAGCCGGCCAAAGAGGGCUGCAGCUGCUAACCACAGACAAGAACAACAGACCCAUGAAACAGACAGACGGACGGACAGAGACAGAUACAUACACAGAGAUCCAUCUCCUCCAGGACUAACAUGCAACAUCUAUCCAGAGUGAGUCAAAUAGAAUUUAGCUGGAUUACAUUUAACACAGCAGUGGCACAGUUGUCAGAUCCAGACCUCAGUUCAGUGCCCAGAACAUGCCUCAACCAUCCUCCACCCAAUCAAACAUUUACCAGCUUUGGAUAAGUCAGGACACCCUCAAUGAAUUCCCGAAACCCCAAACUCUCCAGACCUGUGGACCAGUUUUAAAUUUGGGUCAUUGUUGGACAAUUCCCAAAUCAGGACCAUCCUAGACCUAAACUGGAUUACUGUCUGCACAAAAUGAAUCCCUCUGCAUAAGUUCUGACCACUUUUGCUCCACACUAAAACCACACUAGGUCGCAUUCAGCUUAUAUCCAAACAUACUUUAAACUCAGCCAGUGUGGACCAUUCUGGUUUCAGAAUAGGGCAGCCUUAAAUCCAUAAUGGCCCUUUUCUCUAAGGCUGGACUACCCUCCGGACCCAGUCCUUUCUAAGUUUAGAGUGCCGUGGACCUAAUUCAGGUAAACGUAGUCCAAAUUUGAGACUUUCCUGGUCACAGAUGUGAAACACAGAGAGACAAAAAUGGAUACAAGGUUCACAGUGGAGUCAACCCACAGCCCAGCAACUACAUUUCCAGUAGGGUGCCCAGCAUAGGACAACUCUAACCCGAUCAUCACACAAUCCUUUUUUGAAGAUUGGACCGCCCUCCCAGUGCGGAGCCUUGUCAGCCUAAAUCAAUCGGGGCUAGGUCAGAUUCGGUUGCCCCUCAAAUUGUCCCAAACACAAAACACCCGGAUCCAAGGUCUGACCAACCUGCAGCCUAUCUGAUGUUUUCUCCACCAAAAUGCAGAUCGUACUAGUUCCAACAUGGCAUUGCUGUGGACACAGCCAGAGUGUGAACUAAAGCUUGAUGCCCCUGGGUUCAAAUUGAAACUGCCUUCACACUAAAGGUAGGUGAAGCUGGACUGUUCCAAGGCCAGAAUAUAGGACACUACCAUACAGAACCUUUCCCAAGGCUGGGCCCAACUCAAACAAAUGUAGCUCAAAUUUUGAACGAUCUUUAUCCCAGGUGUGAAACACCCAUGUCCCAGUGACAAAUAAAGAUGCAAUCCUUGAAUUCAGACAAGCCCAACUCUGGACAUUCCUACAGAUGGAUUCAGAACCUUGGUUAAAGCCAGACAGCUCCCAGUCCAAAUCAAAGACCUCUUCUGGGCCAUAUCUUCAAAUUUAGCUGUAAUCUGAUCUGACUCGUUGGAUUUCUGUUUAAUAUGUGUGUGAUAUCCCAUCAUUUGUUGUUCACUUGGAAAAGUCUUUAAAAUUCUGGCUUCAAAACUAUAAAUUCUAUCACAGAGUGGCCUGGACAUCUAAA